UUCAUGUCGAAAUACACAAAUAUACAUUACACACACAGGAAAUCGGCACAAGGUGUUCUCAUAUCUGCUGUCAAACUUACACUUUAUUUGCCCCAAAGUUUUCGCAUUUCAUUACCAGAUUCAUCAGUCGGUUUCCCUCGUGGCCAGCGGUUGUGCUGUUCUGCAGUAACGCUUUUGCACGUCCUUCCCCGUCACUCUUGUGCUGUCACGCAGUAGGAUAUUAUUUAUCGAUCCUGAGUGGGCUCUUUGGGAAGGAAACCUCACUCAAAAACUCCCUUUUCCGCACGCCAUCUCCGGCCCAGUCCAAAAAAGCAGAUAACACCACUAUCCGGCAGAGAGAAUUCAAACCGCGUAGUGUGAUGGUAAAUUGAAGGAUUUGGCCCAUCGAAGCGGAAGCGGAAAGAGGUCCAGAUCUGGAAGCAGGCAUGUUUUCAUGUUCCUUCCUUUUUAUUUCUCCUGCACACAUUUUCUUUCGCAUGCAUCUACACCGCUCCUUGCAUGCUUUACGAAAGUCACUACAAUCCGGGUCCCAAUACAAGGAUGCUUGACGAUUGAGUCAAGGAGCAUGAAGAUCGUCUGAAUCCGGAUUACGAAGCAGAGUUCGAUGCUGCGGAUGGAUUCUUCACCGUUUCCAGAUGCCCUCUUUAUUGCUAGAUCACAAGCACUCUGCUGCUUCAUCCCUGCAGUCUUCGAUUCGACUUUACAACACCAAAAUUGGGCUGAAAUUCACAAGCUCUUGGAGAAGUAGCCUGUUAACAAAAUCAUCAACAAAGCCACUAAUCCCCGUAUUUCUCCUUUUAAUGAUAGAGUUUUGCGCAUUCCGGGUAUCUAUCACUUUGGCGUAUGGACAUCGAAAUGGGGACCUUUUAGUAUAACGAAAGAAAGUGGCCGCAAGUCUGGUGGAACUCUUGCAAUCCUUUUAACAUUUUCCAAUGUUGGUGUUAAAUCUGAAUGUGAAGGUCCAACGUCAUCGGAGUUUGAAGGUUGUGAGAGAUGGACGGCGCGGUAUCUCUGUUUGCGGUACGUUUUCUAAAGGGCAGUCGGUAGGACAGCGUUUGAUUUGUGCGCGGGGGAUGUAUUUUGUAUCCGCUCUAUCGCUUUGGAGCAUUUUGUGAAAAAUCCGGGAAGGGGAAGUAUUGUCCUAACUAUGUGUCGGGAGAUCUUCAAUAAAGAGUAAAGUUUGUGAGCAUCCGGUUGUCAGAAGAGAGAUUCGACCUUUAUUAGCGAUUGUCUGCUCGCCAUUUCGAUAUCUGAAGCCCCAAACUGGUCGAACCGGUGCGCUUGCCAGUCGGAUCUCAGCAUGUCAAAUCCCCUUCGAAUGCAGACCGAAGCACGCAAAUUUAUUCGACUAUUCCGCCUCUCAGAGGCCUCCCCUCAAUUCACUACACAACAAUCUACCAUGGUUGUCGGCACACAGGCCCCUGCAGCACCGAACGCAGAAGCACGAAGAGAAUAGACUUGUUGCACAGCUAUAACCUUUUUGAAGGAUUGUCCAGAAAGACGUAGGCAAGAAGACCAAAUUGACACAGGCUGAACCUAACAAGUAUGAUGAGGAGGAACGGCUGGAAGCGUGCUAAAUGAUGUAUCUGAUGUAUGCAAGAAGAGCUGGAUAAGGAUAGUUGAACCAGCCAUGCACGCUAGACGAGCACUUGCAGAUGGUCCUCCUUCUUCUCGUAUUUUUGAAAACCAUCUUGUCAACGACUGAGCUCCCACAGCAACACUUUUGCAAUCACAAAAUGGUCAAAAAGAAGCAGAUUGAUGGUCCGCUAUCACAAUACAGGCAGGUCUUAAUUGGCUGUCGAAAAACGCGACUUGAAGAGCUGUCAAAAGGCUACGAAGGGGAAUUUCAUGUGCAAAUUGCGGGGGAUUCCGGAUGAGGCUGAUAUUCGACACGUCACAAUAUUUCCCACACUCAGAGUCUAUUUAGUCUCCCCUCCCCCCAACCAUCUCCCGCUCUCCAUUCGAAAAGUCAUCUUGCGGCAGCAUGAACAAGUCAAGAUGGCACAAAAUCCUAGUGCCGAGGAGAUGUCAGCACUGAAGUCGGAAUUAACAGAGUUGGAAGAACGGUUCAAUUCAAGGUUCAGCAUGAUCAUGGACAUGCUCACCGAAAUUAGGGCCGUCCAUGCCCAGAUGAUAUCAGGUCGCCUGUAUCCCCAGUCAGACCCGUACAUCGACACGUUCAGCCCUGGUGUCUCUCUUCACCCUGUUUUCGUCCAGAGUUUCCCCCCAGAGUUCCGUUCAGCACCGGACCCUCUGUUCAUCAAGAGGACGAACGCGUAAAGGAUCUGCCCGCCACGCAGGAGGAGCACAAAAAGGAUACGGACCAAUAUGCACACGCCAUUCAGGACGAGCUUCCCCCCAAAGGUCAGCACAGCACCGGUCCCUCUGUUCACCGAGAGGACGUAAGCCUGAGUCCGAAGGAUAUGCAUGACACUCGGGAGGAGCACAAAAAGGCGGAUACGGA